UGUCUCGCGCGCAAACAAUAUGGCGCAUAAAAAACGCGCAUCGCGCGUCGGGGGAAGAAGGUGAUGCUCGAUGCGUGUGCCUCGACCUCAACAAAAACAUCAACGUGCUUUCGUCGAAAUGACGAAGGAGGUGGCUUGAGCUGCCGCUGGAGUAAUGUACGAUGCAAAUGCGCUUAUCGCGAGAAUGCGAGGUGCAUUAUAUCCGCGACUCACCGCAACACCCACCACCGAAGUACCCUCCGACGAGGAAGGCGCGUCUAUCAGCUCUGCAUCGGUACCAAUGGCCGCCUCUCCGUGCCCUCCAACAAACAGCAUCACUACCGGAAUCUUCGAGACCGGUACACCAACUGUACUUACGUCGAUGGUAACCUGGAGAUCACAUGGCUCCAGAACAAAACCUUCGACCUCAGCUUCCUCCAGUACAUACGGGAGGUCACCGGCUACGUCCUCAUCAGUCACGUGGACGUGCACAGGAUCGUCCUGCCGAGGCUGCAGAUCAUCCGUGGCAGGACCCUCUUCAAGCUCAAUAUUCACGACCACGAGUUUGCCCUGUUCGUUACAAUGUGUCAGAUGCACAACCUGGAGAUGCCGGCCCUCAGAGACAUACUCAACGGGAGCGUGGGCAUGUACAACAACUACAACCUCUGCCACAUCAAGACUAUCAAUUGGGAGGAAAUAAUUACCGGCCAAGGCGGCCGGUACUUCUACGUGUACAAUUUCACAUCGCCAGAACGCGUCUGUCCGGACUGCGACGCGAGCUGCGAGCAGGGCUGCUGGGGCGAGGGCCCGGAGAACUGUCAGAGGUACUCGAAGACGAACUGCUCGCCCCAAUGCUGGCAGGGCAGAUGUUUCGGUCCUAACCCGCGCGAGUGUUGCCAUCUCUUUUGCGCCGGUGGCUGCACCGGUCCCAAACAGAGCGACUGUCUCGCCUGCAAGAACUUCUUCGACGACGGCGUGUGCACGCAGGAAUGUCCGCCCAUGCAAAAGUACAAUCCAACCACGUACUCCUGGGAGACAAACCCCGAGGGAAAAUACGCUUACGGUGCGACUUGCGUGAGACGCUGUCCGGAACAUCUUCUGAAGGACAACGGAGCGUGCGUGAGGUCCUGCCCGCCGAAGAAGAAGGCGGUGAACGGCGAGUGCGUGCCUUGCAACGGUCCUUGCCCGAAAACCUGCAAGGGCGUCGAGAAAGUGCAUUCCGGUAACAUCGACUCCUUCAAGGACUGCACCAUCAUCGAAGGCUCCAUCACGAUCCUGGACCAAAGCUUCCAAGGCUUCCAGCACGUGUUUUCCAAUUACACCUUCGGCAAGCGAUACGAGAAGAUGCAUCCGGAUAAGCUCGAGGUGUUCAAAACGUUGAAGGAGAUCACGGGCUUCCUGAACAUCCAAGGGGAUCAUCUGGAUUUCAAGAAUCUCUCGUACUUUCGGAAUCUCGAGGUUAUCGGAGGCAGGGCGCUCACGGAAUACUUCGCGUCGUUGUACAUCGUCAAGACUUCCUUGGUGUCCUUCGAACUGAACUCCUUGAAGAAAAUCCUCUCCGGUUCGAUCGCCAUUCUGGAGAAUAAGAACCUGUGCUACGCGCAAAGCAUCAACUGGACCAGGAUCAAGAAAUCGCCCGAGCAUGAGUGUCUCUUGCAGAACAACCGAGACGAGAGCGACUGCAUCAAGGACGGUUUCGUGUGCAACGAGGAGUGCUCGGACGAAGGAUGCUGGGGACCAGGGCCGGCGCAGUGUUUGUCCUGCAAGAACGUCAAACUGGGGAACGACUGCCUUCAAGAUUGCACCGCACCGGGCAUUUAUCGAGCGGACGAGAAAACCUGCAAGACGUGUCACGUGGAGUGCGACGGCUCCUGCACGGGUCCUAAUGCCGAGCAGUGCACCAAGUGCAAACACGUGCGCGACGGGCCGUUCUGCGUGCCUGAGUGCCCGUCCUCCAAGUACAACGACAGCGGCGAGUGCAAACACUGCCACCAGAACUGCGUGGGCGGUUGCGAGGGACCGGAGAACAACAUAGGCGCCAACGGAUGUCAUAGUUGCGAAAAGGCAAUUAUGAACGGACACGUACCGGAGGGAUGUUUGCAGAAGAUAGAGUCGUGCCCCGAUGGACAUUAUUACGAGUGGGUGAGCCCGUUGGAGCAAGGUGCUUUAAGACCUCUCGCGGGAAAGGCGGUCUGUCGCAAGUGCCACCCACGUUGUAAGAAGUGCACAGGAUACGGCUUCCAUGAGCAGGUGUGUCAACAGUGUACCAAAUACAAGAGGGGAGAGCAAUGCGAAGACGAGUGUUCCGCCGAUCAUUUCGCGGAUGCUGACACGCAGCUAUGCAUACCGUGCUUCGGAGAGUGCCGAGGGUGCUUCGGGCCGGGCCCGAAUCAGUGCUACAAGUGUCGGAACUACAAAAUUUACAUCGAUGGCGAUCCCGGCGACAAUUCGACGUCCUUCAACUGCACGGAGACCUGCCCGUCGGAGUACCCUCACAAGAUCUUCCCGCCGGACAACGAGCCGUACUGUUCGAUGGAGAUGAUAGGCCUCGGCUUCCAAAUGGAUAACGAGCUUCAACCCGCCAUUCUGGUCGGAGUGUUACUCUUCACGUUGGUGUUCAUCGUCGUCGUAAUUGUGAUAAUAUACUUCUGGCGGAUGAGGACCAAGGCCAAAGAAAACACGGUGAAGAUGACGAUGGCAUUGACCGGUUUAGACGACAACGAGCCGCUUCGGCCGACCGGCGUGAAGCCGAAUUUGGCGAAGCUGCGCAUCAUCAAGGAGGAGGAGAUGAGGAAGGGCGGUAUACUGGGCUUCGGUGCUUUCGGCAACGUGUACAAAGGCGUAUGGGUGCCAGAAGGGGAGAACGUGAAGAUCCCGGUAGCCAUAAAAGUUCUACACGACGGCACGGGUGCGAACACGUCCAAGGAGUUCCUCGACGAGGCUUACAUCAUGGCCAGCGUCGAGCAUCCGAACCUGCUGCAGCUGCUGGCGGUGUGCAUGACGUCGCAGAUGAUGCUGGUGACUCAGCUGAUGCCUCUGGGCUGUCUGCUCGAUUUCGUGCGCAGAUUCAAGGACAAGAUUGGCUCGAAAGCGCUACUGAACUGGUGCACGCAGAUCGCGAAGGGUAUGGCGUAUCUGGAGGAGAGAAGGUUAGUCCACCGUGACCUGGCAGCGCGGAAUGUCCUCGUACAGACGCCAAAUUGCGUGAAGAUCACCGACUUCGGGCUCGCUAAACUUUUGGACAUCAACGAGGAGCAGUAUAAAGCCGCGGGUGGCAAGAUGCCCAUCAAGUGGUUGGCGUUGGAAUGCAUUCAACACCGAGUCUUCACUCACAAGUCGGACGUGUGGGCCUUUGGUGUAACUAUCUGGGAGGUUCUCACUUACGGCGGCAGACCCUAUGAGAACGUCCCAGCUCGGAACGUGCCGGAGCUGCUGGAGAAGGGCGAGAGGCUGCCACAGCCUAAGAUCUGCACGAUCGACGUGUACAUGAUCAUGAUCAAGUGCUGGAUGCUCGACGCCGAGUCCAGACCGAGCUUCAAGGAACUCGCGGAAGAUUUUGCGAAGAUGUCCAGGGACCCCGGCCGAUAUCUCGCCAUUAUAGGUGACAAGUACAUGAGGCUACCCUCGUAUACGCCGCAGGACGAGAAGGAGAUGAUACGAAACCUCGCGUCAGCGAUGGACGGUCCGGAAGCUCUGGUGGACGCCGACGAGUAUCUGCAGCCCAAGUCGCGGGCCCCGAUUCCGCCCACGAUUUCCGCGUCGAGUACUUCCGGCUCGCCGCCAAACACGCCGAUGAAGUCGUGUUGGCCGAACGGCAAGCCGCUCGCCGCUGACUCUCCGACGCCGCAGAACCAGCAGAACUGGGAUCGGGAGCUUCUGAGAUAUGGCGGAACUCACGGGAACGGUAGCGCGUCGCAUGAGGCGGGAAACUCCGGCCAACACGCGCAUUACGCGCAUCCCAAAGCUCACUGCACUCACGUCGGCGGGUCCGACAGCUCGAGCUCGAGAUACUGCUCGGACCCGUUGAAGAUGGUCGGCGUUAGAGACUGCGACGUGACGGACGACUGUUUCGACACCGAGGUGAACUCCGUGCAUCAGCAGGCUCAAGUAGGGAACCUGAAGUUGGACUUGCCGCUGGAUGAGGACGACUAUCUCAUGCCGUCGCCGCAAUUGCCAGCCAACACCACGCAGUACAUGGAUCUCAUCGGGGAAUCUAAACCAACGGAACCCGAACCGAAACGGUUGAACAACGGCUUCAGGAAGUAUCCGGACUUCCUCACGAUCCAAGGGAAGAUGUCGCUGGACAAUCCAGAGUACAUAAUGUCUCAAGACGAGGGCCCGCUCACGCCGCAGACCCUGGGUAUCCCUACGCCGGACUUGGAGAAGGUGCUGACGAACGGCACGUUCGGAUCUCAAGUUAGGCAGCGUAGUUCCGAGGAGGAGUCGGAUCACGAAUAUUACAACGAUUUCGACCGGCUGGAGCGGGAAUUGCAGCCGUUGAAGCCACUCAGGAAAAACGAGACAACAGUGUGAUCCCAGGGGGACACGCAUAUGGAGUAUGCGAAAUGAGCUGACGAUUUUUCUCUUCCAUGAUAUUCCACCAGGAAGGAUUCCGCUCCCGUGAAAAUCCACUUUGCCGGGGAAGUGGACAGCGGUGGGUCGAAUGAUCCUAAGAGGAAAUGGCAGCGCAGACGAGCGUUGGAAAACUCGCGGACCCCGAGUUAAUCUCGCUUUCCGAAGAGGAGGAGGACCUACUGUACUUAGAAAAGACGCUUCGCUCAAGUGCCGCGCUUAAUUGUGAUUAGAUUACCUAAGCUAGAGAGACUCGUGCGUAUUGCGUGAUAUAAAUAAGACGAGAAAAAGAGACUAUAUAUAUACGUGGACGCGCCGGAAAUCGCGGGGGUCGCGCGACAGCGAUGCCCACGAGCAAGUAGUGCAAACAUAUUCUUAAUGUGCCAUUCGCCGUGGCUUGUAAAUAGAUUACUCUUUUCGUAGUAGCUUUCUCGAGGGCGUGAAGAACAUCCUAGGACUUAAUUCGCAACGACGGCGUCCGAGAUCGUCUCCGCUUUAGUAGCUUCUCUUCGGGACCAAUUCUCGCUACUUCGCAAACCACCCAUGUGGUUGCUGUUGAAACUUCAGUGAUGUGAGAAUUGAGCGGGAUAUUUGAAGUGUCACGGGAGAGAUCGUUCAGAAGAUAUUUCUUACUUGUAUCUCUUUUUAAUUCCGUCACUUUUCCUCAACGUACACUCUAACGAAUACACUGAUUACGGCUUAUAUUGUUGAGCUCUUUCGUAAUGAAUAUGGAAAAUAAAUAUAUCGUCUACCAAACGUGUUUGUGCGAUACUGUGGAAAAAAAUUUGAAUCACUUUUGAAUGUUAUAUUUUAAUCCUUACUAUAAUUAUUAUUUUAUAUGACAUAUUUUAGACACGUUAUUUAAUUAGAAUGUUUUAUUAAUAUUUUAUAUAAACUUUAUCGAAAGAGUUGAGCAAUGCACAGCAAUCCGUAAAGAUGUUUUAGCGUGGCAAUUAUAAAAUGUUCCGCUUAUAAAAUGAUGAUCGUUAAUUCAUCUCGUUUCAAAGACCGGUUAGCAAACAGCAUCGUUGAUUAACACGUUGACUGCCAACUACGAGAUAUCUCGUAGGUUGUUUACUUGCCCAGGACGCCUAACUACGAGUUAUCUCGUCCCUUCAUUACUUGCCAUAUUUGUACAGCUACGAGGAAACUCGUAGCAUAACAGUUUAAAUAUGAAUAGAUGGCCUCAGGAAAGAGAAAAAAAAUGUUUUAAAAAAAAAACAUUUUUUAAGCUUUUUGAUUAUUACUAUGUACUAUUAUUAAAGUUUUUAAUAAUAUAACAUGAUUAAAUCAAAUUGGCUCUUUAGACCGGAAUCCGUGAAAAAUUCCGUGGCAGUCAACGUGUUAAUUAAAUUGAGGAACUCCCUCGUUUCAUUCUUGACUUGGCUGUCUCUGAGAGACUGUAAUCAAGAAUGAUCGAUGUUAGUGAGACGUUUGUGCCGCAUAUCGCUGAAUGCGAUGCAAAUUACUUGAAUUUCUCCUCCGAGAGAUCAAAUAUCUCGCGGCAACAGCAUCUUCCUUGUCCCCUCCACAUCCUCCCAUCCUUCCAUCCUUCCUUCCUUCCCGCAGCAAGUUACGACAGCGGAGCGUGCAUUGUCCUACUUUACUGCCGAGAAUAAAUUCGUCUCGCGUCGAAAGUCGAUCGAGACGCGAGCGAACGCGAUUCUACUUAAAGUACAGGGGAGAACAAAGAAAUUCGACGGCGCUUUUCCCUCCUCGUACGCCAUCGUUCUCGCGAUGCGGGGUCCACGAGAUUGACCCCGGGCUGGGAAACGCAAGAGAUUCCGAUUUUUAUAUACGAAACGCGAUUUUUGUACAUAGUUUACCGAGUAAUGUAAUAAACGGAAAGAAAAGAACCAUGUGUAGUGCGAGCAGAAAGACGGAGAGUACUUGAACGAAAUCAAUCACACGUCGUCGUGUGACAUCGGCGACUCGCGACAAGUAAUAAUACGAUAGGACGUGCCAUGUUGUACAGGUGAAUUAAAGAGGAAAAGAAACAGAAAAGAACGAGAGGAAACGUAACAAAUACACGCGUGAGGGAGUAACUCUUUUUUCGACGGAAAACGAAUCUGCAUUGUAUACUUCAGGAAUUCUUCACUGGAACUCGGUUCCACGGGUCUUGCAUUUGCUGUAGAUGAGCGCGGACGCGCGCGAGACUGACGAUCUCAUCUCCGGAGAAAUAAAAAUUGACAUGUCACGCGACCGAAACGACCAGCGUCAUUUCGUCCACAGUUGCCCGGCGAAUGACGCCGGUCGUCGACGCUCCAC